AUGGAAUCCACGGCAGUGAGCAUCGGCAAGUCCGUGCUGAAAGGAGCGCUUGGGUGUGCCAAAUCCGGUAUCAUGGAGGAGGCGGCCAUGGAGCUCGGAGUACAGCACGACAAGGCCUUAAUCACGGACGAGCUGGAGAUGAUGCAGUCUUUCCUGAUGGAGGCGCACGACGAUGAGAGGGACGAACUCAGCAAGGUGGUCACGACCUGGGUGAACCAGGUCCGCGACGUUGCCUACGACGUCGAGGAUGGCCUCGAGGACGUCGUCCUCCGCGUCCACGGGCAGACCUGGUGGGGCAUCCCUCGCACGCUCCUCGAUCGGUGCCAUGUCGCCGAGCAGAUGAAGGAGCUGCGUGCCAAGGUAGAGGACGUCGGCCAGAGGAACGUGCGCUACCGCAUCAUCAACGGUGCCUCCAAAGUUCAAGACCUCUCCAUCAACACCGCCGCUGUUGAUGCCAUGUUCGGAGUAGAUGAAGCAACAAGACAUGCCAUGAAUCAGCCUGAAUCAAGACCAGGGAUGGAUCUCGCCCAGCUGAUCCUCAGGGAAGACCAAGACCCGGGCUCGGGCUCGGGCUCAGGCCAAAUUGGAGUGAUCGGAGUGUGGGGAACAAGUGGCACCGCUGGGCAUACCUCCAUCAUCCUGGAGGCCUAUGACAAUCCAACCAUAAAAGUGAAAUUCCCAUGCCGUGCGUGGAUCAGAGUGACGCGCCCUUUCCAUCAAGAAGAAUUUGUCCAGAGUAUGGUGGAACAGUUUCGAGAAACUGUUGCAGGGGUGGUUGAUUCUCCUUUGAAGCUGGAGGAGGCAAAGACUGGCUGGGAGUUGGCUCGCCAAUACGGUGCGUGCAUCAACAAGAGGUACCUGAUUGUUCUUACGGACCUGUCCACCAUUGAAGAGUGGCACCAGAUCAAGGCUUGCUGCCCCGAAAACAAGAUGGGGAGCCAAAUCGUGGUGUCCACGGAGCAAGUUGAAGUUGCAAGCUUGUGUUCAGGCCAGAAAAGUAUGGUUUCCAAGCUGAAGCAAUUGUCUGCUGACCAGACCAUCUAUGCUUUCCACCAGCAGCGAUCCGCUGAUCUGAUACGCUGCAGCACAAAGAGCAAGCAAGCAGGCUACCUGGUGGAUGGAUACUUCAGCUUGGACGCCGAUCCUUCUCCGUAUCUCUGUAAAUUUCUGUCGUCUCAAAGACUUGGUGAGGAUAUCUGCAAGCUGAUCAUCCGUGCAAACGCCAAUCGCAGACUUGUUGUCAACAUUGAGCACCACUCUUUCUGGUUCUUUAUCUGUGAGGUCACCGAGUAG